AUGCUUAGAAGGAAGUCUUUAUAAGGACAACUGGGGGCAGAUACUUUUCACAGAGAACUCAUAAAAGGGGAGAGCUUUUGCAGGAGGUUGUUUAAGCACACAUUUCAAGCUCACACACAACAAGACUGAACACAAUGCUUCUACAGAGCCUAUGGGACUUUAUACUGGGAUAUAAUGCGUGUCUCAGAUCACCUUUCUUCCCUGUACUUUUCUCCCUCAGUGUCUACCUCACCUUCUGCCUGCCCUUCGUGGUGCUGGACCUCCUCUCCCCCAGGCUGGCCUGGAUCAGGACCUUUAAGAUCCAGCAGAAGAGCCACGUCUCCUGGACUAUGAUGUGGAGCUGCCUGGCUCACUCCCUCUACAACCAUGUGGUGUUCCUCUUCCCUCUCACUGUGCUGCACUGGUUCUGGAGACCAGCCAGUUUCAUAGCCGAGGCCCCCGGAACGCUGCGCCUCAUCUGGGAUGUGGUCGCCUGCCUCCUGCUGUUUGACUUUCAAUACUUCAUCUGGCAUCUGCUUCACCACAAGGUGCCCUGGCUGUACCGGACAUUCCACAAGGUGCACCACAAGCACACAUCCACCUUCGCCCUGACCACUGAGUACUCUGGGGCCUGGGAGACCCUGUCUCUGGGCUUCUUCGCUGGGGUCAACCCUCUGUUGCUGGGCUGCCACCCCUUGACUGAGAUGCUCUUUUAUGUUCUGAAUAUCUGGCUUUCUGUGGAGGACCACUGUGGCUAUGACCUGCCCUGGUCCACGCAUAGACUGGUGCCCUUUGGGCUCUACGGUGGAGCUCCACACCACGACCUGCACCAUCUGAAGUUCAAGUCCAACUAUGCUCCAUACUUCACACACUGGGACAGGCUUUUUGGGACAUUGCACAAGCAUUCAGACUGAAGUAAUGCACAGAAGAAAGUGCAAUUGGACAUCUUGAAUAUCUUUUAUGUUAAAAGGAUGGGAUGCAGAGUGCAUGACUUUGUGAUAUAUUGUAUUAUAUGCUGAUUUUAUUUAUCAUAGUUAAGAUAAAGCUAUAUUUAAUCAAAGUAUUUUUUAAAUUAAAUGUGUUAUUUAUUAUGGCGUAGCCUGACUGCAGAUUUUCUAUGACUGUUGUAUAUUAAAGUUAUCUCUAAAGAUUCAUGCAAUGGACUCUACAAUGUACAAACAUUUCCAGGUUACAUUAACCAGUUUAGAGCUAUGAUGCUAGUUUACUGAACUAUCAGAAUGAAUCUGACUGGGAUUGAAUAUCUGAAGACUAUUGUGAAUGUUUGUGUUGACUUCUCAGCGCUACUGGGUGAGCAUCACUGAACAAAAUGUUCAGCUGUUUAAAGCUGUAUGCAGUAUUAAAAAGGGAUGACCCCCAACAUUUUAGUUACAAAACAAGGAGCAAUAAAACUUAUGACAGAAAUAUUUGUGUGUAUCGCUUUCAUUAAUCUACAUUUUUCUAUACAUAAGCCUAUUUGAUUAUACGAUGUUGUUGAUUUAUAGAGUUGCCAAUUUUCAGAUCCAGCAAAGCUGUAUGCAGAACAACCAUAUUGGUUUUAUAUGAUGCAUACAUACGUAAACAUAAUUUGUACAUAGUCAUUUGAAACCCAUGAAUGUGUCACCAUGCGCCAAAUAGAUUUUUAUUUAUGCAUGUUUCUGCUAGUGGUCCAUUAGGUCUUGAGACACUUUUAUGAGGCAGAUGACUCAUAAAUCAUGUGGUCUAAAUGGAAGGAUCUUUCUCAACAAAGUGUUGAUGAAUCGCAAAUUCCCUUUGACUGGGGACUCAAGCCAUGUGUUAUUUUGUUAAUCAUGACUUUGUGAGCAAAAGAGGUCGAUACUCAUUGCUAGAUCCAGGAGUUUGUUCUGGACCAUGUGAUCUGAACAGGAACUAAAUGUUUAUACAGUAGCAUGUACUCAUUUUAUGAGUUUCUAACAAACAGUUUUCUUUCUUACUUACUGUAUAUGGACAAUAGUAUGCAUGUUAAUUAGGCCCUUUCCAAUGCUACUGGAAUCAGGUGAAAGUUGUACCAAAAUCCCCUGGUGACAGGAUGCAGACAUUUCCUGACCUCCCCUUGAGAGGAAAUACAGAAUAAAGUCCACUACUUAGAAAAGUGCUGUAAUCAACCCUGACUCACCCCCAUCCACACUUCCACCAUCCGAACAUCAAAAUAAAUAUGAAGUCGCCAAAGCCUCAUCUAAAAAGGGAAAAGGACCACUUCCUGAGAUUGACAAUUGAGAAUUUCCCAGAAAUAAUGGAGAGUUCCCGAACAGGAGAAGGAACAAUACAACUCUGCAGACAAAACAGAGUCAUCAGAAACCCCUUGCCCUUACAUAAAAUGUAUCAACCCAUAAAACAUUUUAGCAUUAAUUAGAAUCCACAUAAUAAUUCACAUUUCCUCUUGCUGCAGGAUUAAUGUCCUGCUAUAGCAAACUUGCUCAAAUUAAGAUCCUACAUCUGUAUUAGUGGAAUAGGAGAGCGAAAAUGUAACCACUGUUCUAAAUAUUCUGAAUGCCCGAUCACAUUAGUAUUGACCACAGAUCCAAACAUGUCUGAGGUUGACUGCUUUCCAGUUUUCAAUUCUCUACCCAUACACAAGUGGCCUCUGGCCAAUCCCACAAACACUCAUCCACUUGUACCAUGAGACAGCAAACACGACUUUGUACGUCAACAGCUCUUCAGCGCUACAGAUUGAAUCGAGGCAUAAAUGCAAAGUUUAUGUCCCAAAACGUUUUUGAUUAGACACGCUGCCAAUCAUAGCAAUCAAAGCACCCACAUAAACCCACGUCUUAGGAGACCAUUUUUAAUUGGGAGGAAAGGGUCAUUUAUAAUCACUACUUGGUUGAUACAUCAAAUACUGUCACUGAUCCUUCCAAACAGAAAGAUUGAGAACAUCAAUUUCAAAGAUGAAAAUAAAAAUAACAUACAGUAGUUGAAUUGCACACACAACGCACACACGUACACACACACUCACACACUCACUCUCACACGAUGCAAAUUGAGACAAUGAUCUAGAAAAUAUAAAACAAUGCUUAUUACAGUGAUAGUAUCACAUUAAUGUAAGACCACAAUGUUCCUUUGCCCAUUGACCUAAAAAAAAAGUAUGUGUUACAAUCAACCUCUCUCUUUUUAUUUUGCCCUGAGGCAUUUCAAAAGGAUAUUACUGAUCAUCUUGCCCAAACCCAUCUCCCUGACGCCACCCCUGUGCAAAAACUCACUUCUGCACGACGACCUUGCCAUUGCGCAAUAACACUUAUCUUUAAGCCUCCUGUAGCUCAGUUGGUAGAGCAUGGCGCUUGCAACGCCAGGAUUGUGGGUUUGAUUCCCAUGGGGGGCCAGUAUGAAAAAUGUAUGUCCUCACUAACUGUAAGUCGCUCUGGAUAAGAGCGUCUGCUAAAUGACUAAAAUGUCAUUGCCAUAAAUAUCAUUCAAUUUUCAAUGGAAGGCUUCAUGUACAAAAAACACAGAGAAUAUAUGCUGAGUAGAGUAAAAACAUAUUAUAUAAGCAUGUAAUUAAACAAUGUGUUUCAACUAGUUUUACAUACAGAUCAUAAUAGCUCUUAGUGAAUGUGCAUGAUGUGUUGGGUACUGUGUCAACAGCUUUGAAAUAGAAAAGGUUUGAAAAGGUCUGGGUUAUCUGGGUUUUUGAGCUUCUGAGCAUUAAAAAACAACAUCUUUACAUUACAAUAAAUUACAACGUACAAUAUUGUUUUGAAAGUGAUAGGCAUUGCAACAACAUAGAGUAUUGCUGUGAAAGUACUAGGCAGAUGAUAUGAACGAUAGCGAAUGUUGCGAAUAACGAUUGACUACUGCUCUGAUUCUUCAUAGUUUGUGUGGGUUGGUGUGAGUCAUAUUUCAAUGAAAAGACCUCUUUCUAUUUCACAUUUCACACAGUUUAAGGAAUUGGUUUAGAUUUGAAUUUGCCUGGUCUUGAUGUACUCCAAGACUGUAACAUUAUCUGGCAGCAGUUUUUGACGCCGUAAACAUGGAUUCCUCUUGAAUCAAGUUCAAUGAACCUUGUGUAUUAAUGUUUUUUGCAAGAAUUUCUCAAGAAUAUGAGGUGUAAGGAUGUUUAUUUAUAGUUGUAAGCUCCACUUCAAGUUUUCUGAGAUAUUUGAUGACACAUCUUCCUGCAGACAUUUGGAGGCUUGCCAUUUGAAUUCUUAAAUUCUACAAGAAAUGUUUGAGCAUUGUGUGUGGUUAAUCUGCGCUAGAGAUAUUUUACUGUACAUAAAUCUUUCCUCUUGUACUAAAUUCUCCAGCGUUAAAUCUACACAGAGUGUUAAAUUUUACUCUGGUCCAUUGUCUAUACGGGUUCACACUUUUCAAUGUUAAAUGAACACACUAAUUAGUUUGGCCUCUUGUAGCUCAGUUGAUAGAGCAUGGCGCUUGCAACGCUAGGGUUGUGGUUUCGAUUCCCACGGGGGGCCAGUUUGAAAAUUGUAUGCACUAACUGUAAGUCGCUCUGGAUAGGAGCGUCUUCUAAAUGACGUAAAUGUUUAAACUAAAGUCUUAUUUGCAUAUUUCCCAGAGUGCAUUGCCUAUCAAGUGAAUUGUAGAGUUACAGUGCAUUUGGAAAGUAUUCAGACCCCUUGACUUUUUCCACAUUUUGUUACGUUACAGCCUUAUUCUAAAAUGGAUUACAUAGUUUUCACCCCCCUCAUUAAUGUUUUCACAAUACCCCAUAAUGACAAAGCAAAAACAGUUUUUUUGAUAUUUUUGCAAAUGUAUUACAAAAUAAACGUAAAUAUCCCUUUUACAUAAGUAUUCAGACCCUUUACUCAGUACUUUGUUGGAGCACCUUUGGCAGCUAUUACAGCCUUGAGUCUAAUUGGGUAUGACGCUACAAGCUUGGCACACCUGUAUUUGGGAAGUUUCUCCCAUUCCUCUCUGUAGAUCCUCUCAAGCUCUGUGAGGUUGGAUGGUGAGCGUUGCUGCACAGCUAUUUUCAGGUCUGUCCAGAGAUGUUCGAUCGGGUUCAAGUCCGGGCUCUGGCUGGGCCACUCAAGGACAUUCAGAGACUUGGCCCAAAGCCAAUCCUGCAUUGUCAUGGCUGUGUGCUUUUUCAUUGUCAAUAAUUCAAUUUUGCCCAUAUUCUUUAUGAAGAAUGUUAAUCUCACUGGUUUGAGAACACAAAAAAAAAACCUAAUCUGCUAAAUAGCGCCGCUAAUAACUCUAUAUUGAAAAUAUACUGUGAUUGAAGACAAAUAGUUCAGAGGUUAAAUUAUUUAAAAAUAUAGAUUCAUUAUCAGUAGGGGUGUAACGAUUCGUUUUAACAACGAUUCGAUUUGUAUCACGAUUCGUGGUUGUCGAUACGAUUCAAGGACGAUAUUGGUUCAUUUAGAACGAUACGAUCCGAAACGAUUCAGUGACUUGAAAUCGAUUCAGUAACCUUUUAGCCAAAAAUUCAACCAGUGUGACUGAAUUAAAUACCUGGAUACUGGACAGUGCAGGUGAAGUUUCCUAGAUUCCUGUUUCUUGUAAGGACCGCAAUGGUGGCUUGAUAAUUUCUCGCUCGUCGGCUUCUCCUCUGUCGUCCGCCAUGCUAUGUUUUGUUGUCUUUGCGCCUUUGCACUGCUGCUGGCGCGGGGCGAUGACGUCACGGAUAGGCAGACUGAAUCGAGUAAUGUUUAAAGCCUUUAUCAUUAAAAGUGCUAAGAAAAAACAUCCAUAUAAAGUCUGACGUGCUUAAAUCCAAUGGGUUAUUUCCUAGUAUCGAUACAAACGAUUUAUUACAUUUUAAAACGAUGUUAGAUUGAUAUAUGUUGUCCAAAAGGCCAACUCGCCGAGCACAGAUCGAUGUAGUUGGAUCAUAGGAAUAUAAAUCGAUACAUCGAUGUAGUAGAUGGAUCGUUACACCCCUAAUUAUCAGUUCUACAAACUUCCUGGAGUAUCUAAAAAUCUACCUGCAAUAGGGUAUGAUGGGAAAUAUGAUAAUGAAGUGCGUGGUUUUUGUUUAACACCAACACUGGGGUUCUUUUACACCAAAAAAGUGUUAAUUUAAUUUAGUUAACGUAACAAACUCAACACUAGAAAUGUUACAUUGCAAAAUCAACACUAGGUAACACUGGCCAAUUUGCUGUGUAUAGAUCAACAUCUGUGUAACAUGAUCAAUGUAAAGUGGUUCACUAAGGGCAAUGGGUGAACAGUAGAAGGCAGAUUGUGUGACAGACGGAGCCCAAAUAAACCCACAGAUCCAGACGGCACUGCCACAGAUAGGAGCAGAAUUGAGAUUUGGGAAUGUAACCAUUGUGUGUGGGGUAAGCUUGGAAAGUACACCCUGGAUUUUCCGUAAUGGGGGGUCUCAAUUUGUAACCUGACUCCAAAGGAGUGUGAACUGAUCUCAUCACUUGACUCACUCCAGUCAUCACUUGUGGAAUAGGAGUCAUCACUUGACUCACUCCAGCUCUCUCCUUGUGCUGUCAUGUGUGUGAACAUUAAGGAUGCCUCUAAUAUGAUGGGUUCCUGUGUAACCUGCUUAAAUAUGUUUAAAAGUGUGAUUCAUAGGUUAGAUGGAUAGAAUUUUAAGUGGAGAUGAGGAUGGACUUUAGCCCCAACUAACCCCUAGUUAGUUGCCACAUCCAGUUAACAGAAAGUGGUAUUGAAAUUCCUGAUAGAGCAUACAAAAUGCUGUAAUUACAGUGAUUUUGUUAACAGAUGUUUAUCAUGAGCAGGGCUUGAUAGGUCAUAUUUGAGUCACGGUCUAUUAUCCUGCUAAACCCUUUAAAUACCAAGGCAGUCGACCACUCAACAUCAGGAAUGAGAGUUUUCCUUUUCUGUUUGACCUCUGACACUGCCUUAAAGGAUACGAUGUAGUACUGUUCAGGUAAACAGCCCAAGUACUGAACUGCUGAUGAAUGGAAUGUUCAUUUCGUCUCACAUUGGAACCUGAUUAGAAGGCAAAUGAGUAGAAUGGAAAUAGAAAGCAAUCAACAGCACCACCUACUGUUUACAUAGCCACUAUGCAUAACUCUCAGCUCUCACAGUAAUUAUGCUACACAGGUUGAGUCAUCUGAGGGCCAUAUCUCUGUUGUAACAGUGGAAGUCUCUCUGUCUGUCAGUGGGUCAGACCUCCAUCAGCUCUCACCACAUUGUUUGCUCCUGGCAAAACAUAAAUGUGCCAACCCUGAUGUUCUAGCAGUGUCUGAAUCCUGGCUUAGGAAGGUCACCAAAAAUUCAGAAAUGUCCAUCCCCAACUACAACAUUUUCCAUCUAGAUAGAACUGCCAAAGGGGGUGGAGUUGCAAUCUACUGUAGAGAUAGCCUGCAGAGCUCUAUCAUACUAUCCGGGUCUGUGCCCAAACAGUUUGAGCUCCUACUUCUAAAAAUCCACCUUUCCAGAAAUAAGUCUCUCACUGUUGCCGCUUGCUACAGACCCCCCUCAGCCCCCAGCUGUGCCCUGGACACCAUAUGUGAAUUGAUUGCCCCCCAUCUAUCUUCAGAGUUCGUACUGCUUGGUGACCUAAACUGGGAUAUGCUUAACACCCCAGCCAUCCUACAAUCCAAACUAGAUGCCCUCAAUCUCACACAAAUUAUCAAGGAACCUACCAGGUACAACCCUAAAUCCGUAAACAUGGGCACCUUCAUAGAUAUCAUCCUGACUAACUUACCCUCUAAAUACACCUCCGCUAUCUUCAACCAGGAUCUCAGCGAUCACUGCCUUAUUGCCUGCGUCCGUAACGGGUCCGCGGUCAAACGACCACCCCUCAUCACUCUCAAACGCUCCCUAAAACACUUUAGUGAGCAGGCCUUCCUAAUUGAUCUGGCCCAGGUAUACUGGAUGGAUAUCGAUCUCAUUCCGUCAGUAGAGGAUGCCUGGUUGUUCUUUAAAAGUGCUUUCCUCUCAAUCUUAAAUAAGCAUACCCCAUUCAAAAAAAUCAGAACUAAGAACAGAUAUAGCCCCUGGUUCUCCUCAGACUUGACUGCCCUUGACCAGCACAAAAACAUCCUGUGGCGUUAGGAACCAAUAUAGUUAGGAACCAAUAUACACAAGCAGUUAGGAAAGCAAAGGCUAGCUUUUUCAAACAGAAAUGUGCAUCCUGUAGCACUAACUCCAAAAGAUUUUGGGACACUGUAAAGUCCAUGGAGAAUAAUAGCACCUCCUCCCAGCUGCCCACUGCACUGAGGCUGGGAAACACUAUCACCACCGAUAAAUCUACAAUAAUCGAGAAUUUCAACAAGCAUUUUGCUACAGCUGGCCAUGCUUUCCACCUGGCUACCACUACCCCGGCCACCAGCUCUGCACCCUCCGCUGCAACUUGCCCAUGUCCCGUCCCCCCCCCCCCCCCCUCCGCUUCUCCUUCACACAAAUUCAGACAGCUGAUGUUCUGAAAGAGCUGCAAAAUCUGGAACCCUACAAAUCAUCUGGGCUAGACAAUCUGGACCCUUUCUUUCUAAAAAUAGCAGCCGAAAUUGUCGCAACCCCUAUUACUAGCCUGUUCAACCUCUCUUUCGUAACGUCUGAGAUCCCCAGAGAUUGGAAAGCUGCCGCGGUCAUACCCCUCUUCAAAGGGGGUGACACUCUAGAUCCAAACUGUUACAGACCUAUAUCCAUCCUGCCCUGCCUUUCAAAAGUGUUUGAAAGCCAAGUUAACAAACAGAUCACCGACCAUUUCGAAUCCCACCGUACCUUCUCCGCUAUGCAAUCCGGUUUCCAAGCUGGUCAUGGGUGCACCUCAGCCACGCUCAAGGUCCUAAAUGAUAUUAUAACCGCGAUCGAUAAUAGACAGUACUGGGCAGCCGUAUUCAUCGACCUGGCCAAGGCUUUCGACUCUGUCAACCACCGCAUUCUUAUUGGCAGACUAAAUAGCCUUGGUUUCUCAAAUGACUGCCUCGCCUGGUUCACCAACUACUUCUCAGAUAGAGUUCAAUGUGUCAAAUCGGAGGGCCUGUUGUCUGGACCUAUGGCAGUCUCUAUGGGGGUGCCACAGGGUUCAAUUCUUGGGCUGACUCUUUUCUCUGUGUAUAUCAAUGAUGUCGCUCUUGCUGCUGGUGACUCUCAGAUCCACCUCUACGCAGACGACGCCAUUUUGUAUACAUCUGGCCCUUCAUUGGACACUGUGUUAACAAACCUCCAAACGAGCUUCAAUGCCAUACAACACUCCUUCCGUAGCCUCCAACUGCUCUUAAACACUAGUAAAACGAAAUGCAUGCUCUUCAAUUGAACGCUGCUGAAACCCGCCCACCCGACUAGAAUCACCACUCUCGACGGGUCUGACCUAGAGUAUGUGGACAACUACAAAUACCUAGGUGUCUGGUUAGACCGUAAACUCUCCUUCCAGACUAACAUUAAGCAUCUCCAAUCCAAAGUAAAAUCUAGAAUCGGCUUCCUAUUUCGCAACAAAGCCUCCUUCACUCAUACUGCCAAACAUGCCCUUGUAAAACGGACUAUCCUACCGAUCCUUGACUUCGGCGAUGUCAUUUACAAAAUAGCCUCCAAAACUCUGCUCAGCAAAUUGGAUGUAGUCUAUCACAGUGCCAUCCGUUUUGUCACCAAAGCCCCAUAUACUACCCACCACUGUGACCUGUACGCUCUUGUUGGCUGGUCCUCACUACAUAUUCUUCACAAAAAACCCACUGGCUCCAGGUCAUCUAUAAAUCACUGCUAGGCAAAUCUCCGCCUUAUCUUAGCUCAUUGGUCACUAUAGCAACACCCACCUGUAGUAUGCGCUCCAGCAGGUAUAUCUCACUGGUCAUCCCCAAAGCCAACACCUCCUUUGGCCGCCAUUCCUUCCAGUUCUCUGCUGCCAAUGACUGGAACGAACUGCAAAAAUCUCUGAAGCUGGAGACUCUUCUCUCCCUCACUAACUUUAAGCAUCAGUUGUCAGAGCACCUUACCGAUCACUGCACCUGUACACAGCCCUUCUGAAAUUAGCCCACUCAACUACCUCAUCCCUAUAUUGUUAUUUAUUUUGCUCAUUUGCACCCCAAUAUCUCUAUUUGCACAUCAUCUCUUGCACAUCUAUAAUUCCAGUGUUAAUACUAAUUGUCAUUAUUUUGCACUAUGGCCUACUUAUUGCCUUACCUCCAUAACUUGCUACAUUUGCACACACUGUAUAUAUAUUUUAUGUGGUAUUUUUGACUUUAUGUUUUGUUUUACCCCAUAUGUAACUCUGUGUUGUUGUUUUUAUCACUGUCACGAACGUCGUAAGCAACGGACCAAGGCGCAGCGUGAUAUGCGUACAUCUUUUAAUGAGUACUUUAAACACUAACAACAAAACAACAAAACGAUACGUGAAGUCCUAAGGUUAACAAACACAAACCUCUCCGGAACAAGAUCCCACAAAUGACAAGUGCACAAAAGGCUGCCUAAGUAUGGUUCCCAAUCAGAGACAACAAGCAACAGCUGAUUCACGUUGCCUCUGAUUGGGAACCACCCCGGCCAACAUAGAAAACACAUUAACUAGAAACUGAACAUAGAACACAAAACAUAGACCCUACACACCCUGGCUCAACAUAUAAGAGUCCCCAGAGCCAGGGCGUGACAGUACCCCCCCCAAAGGCGUGGACUGCGACCGCGCCAACUAAACCCAACAGGGGAGGGGCCGGGUGGGCAUUCCGCCUCGGAGGCGGAUCCGGCUCCGGGCGUGACCACCACCCUCUAACUACCCCCCCCAUAGCACCCCUGGUCUGGUCUGGCCCCGCUGGCUGGAGCUGGACUGGACAUCGGUGGAGCGGAUUGCUUAGGCUCCGGUGUGGGUUUAUGUGGGUACACAGGUUGAGUCAUCUGAGGGCCAUAUCUCUGUUGUAACAGUGGAAGUCUCUCUGUCUGUCAGUGGGUCAGACCUCCAUCAGCUCUCACCACAUUGUUUGCUCCUGGCAAAACAAAAUGUGCAACCCACCCCUCCUUCUUGUCCUCCUCUUCCCUUUGAUAACAUGAUGCACUACAGUGAAACCUUGAAAUACUUUAGCUGAGAAGUUUAGAAGGAUGCUUAGAAGGAAGUCUUUAUAAGGACAACUGGGGGCAGAUACUUUUCACAGAGAACUCAUAAAAGGGGAGAGCUUUUGCAGGAGGUUAUUUAAGCACACAUUUCAAGCUCACACACAACAAGACUGAACACAAUGCUUCUACAGAGCCUAUGGGACUUUAUACUGGGAUAUAAUGCGUGUCUCAGAUCACCUUUCUUCCCUGUACUUUUCUCCCUCAGUGUCUACCUCACCUUCUGCCUGCCCUUCGUGGUGCUGGACCUCCUCUCCCCCAGGCUGGCCUGGAUCAGGACCUUUAAGAUCCAGCAGAAGAGCCACGUCUCCUGGACUAUGAUGUGGAGCUGCCUGGCUCACUCCCUCUACAACCAUGUGGUGUUCCUCUUCCCUCUCACUGUGCUGCACUGGUUCUGGAGACCAGCCAGUUUCAUAGCCGAGGCCCCCGGAACGCUGCGCCUCAUCUGGGAUGUGGUCGCCUGCCUCCUGCUGUUUGACUUUCAAUACUUCAUCUGGCAUCUGCUUCACCACAAGGUGCCCUGGCUGUACCGGACAUUCCACAAGGUGCACCACAAGCACACAUCCACCUUCGCCCUGACCACUGAGUACUCUGGGGCCUGGGAGACCCUGUCUCUGGGCUUCUUCGCUGGGGUCAACCCUCUGCUGCUGGGCUGCCACCCCUUGACUGAGAUGCUCUUUUAUGUUCUGAAUAUCUGGCUUUCUGUGGAGGACCACUGUGGCUAUGACCUGCCCUGGUCCACGCAUAGACUGGUGCCCUUUGGGCUCUACGGUGGAGCUCCACACCACGACCUGCACCAUCUGAAGUUCAAGUCCAACUAUGCUCCGUACUUCACACACUGGGACAGGCUUUUUGGGACAUUGCACAAGCAUUCAGACUGA